UUUCAACAAAAGGUGAACGAUGCAUCGCCGUAUGAAAUCUUAUUUGGGAUGGGGUCCUUUUACACGAUCUACAUGGAAACCUGGGCGUGUGGAACUUUUUAGCGUUAUAUGGGCGGAUACAUUAGCUACGCAGUCUAUGCCAUAAAAGACGGUAAUCGUUAAUCAGUAAAUGGUUACACAGAGGCUGUGCUUCAAUACACAUGACUUUUUUACACUGUGACAAACGUCGGAUUGCUCUGCUUUAUCCAUCCUUGGCAUAAACAGCUCUGGCUUAUAUCGCAACCUAAUCAAGACGCAACGUCUCAAAAUGAUGACUACCAGGGACCGUUGGCGAGUGAUCAAGACAGUGGGCCUGAUGUUCUUAUUGGCUGUGGUGAUGCUGACUGUGUUCCAGAGAGGCAGUGGCCGAAUGAACCAAUUUCAGAUAGAGCGGCACCCCCCUAUGGAGGCCCCAGCAGAGAGAGCCACUCUAAACAAGGCCUUUUACAUUAGCCCUGAGAGCUUCUGGAAAGAAGACCACAAAAGACCGAUGGCCACCACAGAGGAACCCUUGGUCACACUAGCCAGAAGGCCCAAAUCCUGGGAUAUCACUACCUCCAACUGCAGUGCCAAUCUAAGCAUCUCUUCUGUAAGGUGGUUCACCGGCCUGGAGGAAACCUUUCAGCAGUUCCUGAUCUACAGGCACUGCCGCUUCUUCCCCAUGACAAUCAAUCACCCAGAAAAGUGUGUGGGGGACGUUCACCUGCUGAUGGUGAUCAAAUCAGUUAUAACACAGCAUGACCGGAGGGAGGUUAUCAGGCAAACAUGGGGCAAAGAACUGGUGAUGAAUGGCAAGCGAAUAAAGACGAUCUUCCUCCUGGGCAAAUCCACUAAUAAAAAGGAGAAGGCCAACCACCAGAAGCUUCUAGAAUAUGAGGAUUACAUCUAUGGGGACAUUCUGCAGUGGGACUUCAUGGAUAGUUUCUUUAACCUCACCCUAAAGGAGACCCACUUUCUGAAAUGGUUCUACACCUACUGUGGAACUGUUCCAUACAUCUUCAAGGGAGAUGAUGACGUGUUUGUCAGUGUAGAAAACAUCCUGGAGUACCUAGAGAGCAGUAAGAACAUUAAGCACCUCUUUACUGGAGAUGUACUCUUUAAAGCCAAGCCCAUCCGGAAGAAAGAGAACAAAUACUACAUUCCACAAGCUUUGUACAAUAAGACUUACUACCCCCCAUAUGCAGGUGGAGGGGGAUUUCUGAUGGACGGCCCUCUCGCCCGCAAGCUGUACAAAGUAUCCGAAACACUAGACUUGUUCCCUAUUGAUGAUGUUUUCCUUGGCAUGUGCUUAGAGGUGCUUCAAGUCACCCCUAUAAAACAUAAUGCGUUUAAAACCUUCGGGCUCAUGAAAGACAAAAACAGCAAGCUAAACAAGGAGCCAUGCUUCUUUAAGAGCAUGAUAGUGGUACAUAAACUGCUCCCCCAGGAGCUCAAGGACAUGUGGAGACUAGUCCAUACUGACCUGAUUUGUGCCCAGAAAAUGGAGCUCCUAUAGCACAACCUGAGUGAACAAAUAAAAGGAGGACUGAUGUUGAAGAGGAGAACUGUGUUUUAAGUGUACUCAAAUAAACAUGCUCCUUUUUUGAGGAGAUUUCCCAACGAUUAUGUACUUAUGUAUUGUAGCAAAUGGGAAUGAAUGGUGUAUGGUGGCUGUGUGAACUGAAAGAUAUUUAUGGGUGUAUGAAAUGUUAUGUUAAAUUCAUUGAAGUGAACUAAAAAGGACAUACAUAGAAGACAUUUUGCUGCUAAUUAUGGUUAUGUUGAGUACUAAUUUCGAUUAUCCCAGGAAAAAAAAAAAUUGGAAAAAAAUGUUUUGAAUGGCCAUCUUCUGAUAUGAAAUGUCUCAAAAACAGGAGAUGCAAACUGUCCUACCUCAUUUAGUCUUAAUGUUUGCCCUGAAUGUGAACAUUUCAUGGCUUUCACACAUCAUGCUUAUUAGAUUUUGCAAUACCCACUGUCUGGUUAUGACAAUAAUCUCAUCUUAAUAUGGACAUAAUUUUCAAGAUCACCAUUUCAGACUUGCUUUGUUUGAAUGAUAAAAAGUCUGAAACAUUUAAUGUGCCCCAAACAGAAGCUUGAACUUGGCAAAGGACAUCUUUUAUUGCAUAUUGUCAAAUGUACAAAAAAAAAUGAAAUGUAUGAACUGUAUACAUUGAUUUAAAUGUGAUGAAACUUGUGAGUUGAAUCUGGUAGAGGUAUGUUAAAACUGUGAAACACGGGGCUGCUGAUACAUAUGAUAAAUGAAUUUAAGAAUUUCUUCUGUUGUCAGGGGAGGGGUUUAGGUUAUUUUGAUAUUCAAUUCUUCUUAAAAAUACAUACCUUUUUAAAAAAUCUAAACUGUGUAGGGUGAGUGACUUGAAAUUAUCUAAAUUGAACCUGGGGACAUAGGAAAAGAAUGUGGGAAAUUAUAUUUAUAAAUAAAGCUU